AUGGGCAAGAACACGGACAAACUCUACAUCACCCACUCCGAGUGGUCGUCCUCAGACGCCUACUCUGCCAGCGCUGGUGCCAAUGUUAACGGGCGCUCGCGUCCGGGCUCGUUCCGCCGCCUCCCCUUCAAUUUUUGCGCCGCCAGUCUCCAGCCGUUCAAGAACCCCGUAUGCACCAAGGACGGGACCAUUUUUGACGUCGAGGUCAUCAGUUCCUGGCUGGACAAACAUGACACGAAUCCGGUCAACGGCGAGCCACUCGGCGCCAAAGACUUGAUCAAACUAAACUUCGCCAGAAAUGCCGAAACCGACUCGAGAAGCGCAGGCCUAAGCGACGGCCAGGGCGAUUUGAUCGAUCCUGUCACCUUCAAGGUCUUUACGGACAACACUCACAUCGUGGCGGUUCGACACGGGAGCUACGCGAACGUCUUCGCCUGGGAAACGGUUGAGCGAAUGAAUAUCAAGGCGAAAAACUGGCGAGACUUGGUCGACGACGAGGAAUUCACGAGGGCCGAUAUCAUCACUCUGCAGGAUCCCCAAAACGCUGCCAGCAGGGACUUGAGCCAGUUCAAGUUUCUCAAGGAUGGCGAGGAGGCUAUCCUAACCAAGGAGCAGGAGGAGGAGCGGAAGAACGGCAAUGUCAACAUCGACGCGCUGGGUCGCAUAGGUGACAAGGUUCUGAGGGCGAAGGAAGCCGUCGAGAAAGCCCGCAAGGAGCGCGGAGAAGGCGGCGAUGUGAAUCGCACAUCGGGCGCCAUUGUCAAAUCCGGAUCGGCGGCACAGCGCAACUCCAUGAUUAUGGAAAAAAAGGUCCCAUCCAAUGCCGCUGUCUACACAACCGGCAGAGCAGCCGCCAGUUUUACCAGCACAGGACUCACGCCCGAGACGAGUGGCGAAAGAGCGCUUUUGACGGACGAAGAGUAUAUGCUCAAGCCGAAGCGAGUCAAGAUCAAGGGCUAUGCCCGCAUUGAAACGAAUCUCGGGGACUUGAACAUUGAGCUCUACCCAGAGUAUGCGCCUCGUGCGGUGUGGAACUUCACAAGGCUGGCCCAGAAAGGCUACUAUAGGGGCGUUACCUUCCACAGGAACAUCAGAAACUUUAUGCUCCAAGGAGGCGACCCUUCGGGUACGGGCAAAGGCGGCACCAGCGUUUGGGGGAAAAACUUCCAAGACGAGUUUGAUGGACCCUUGACGCACGAUAGUCGAGGUAUCAUCAGUAUGGCCAACAAAGGAAAGAACACCAAUUCGAGUCAGUUCUUCAUUAUUUACCGGCCGACAAAGCAUUUGGAUAACAAACACACGGUUUUUGGUAAGGUCGUUGGCGGCUUGGACGUGCUGUCAAAGAUGGAAGAUGUCCCCACCGACGGAUCCGACCGACCGCUCAACAAGAUUGUGAUGAAAGAAGUGGUGGUGUAUCUGGAUCCUUUCGAAGAGUUCCUGAAAGAGAAGACCGAGAUCGACAAACUGGAAAAGACCAAGCAGGCGAUAGCGCUGAGUGGCGGUACAGAAGACGACAAGACAACCUGGACCGGCAAGCGGAUUCGAGCUGACGGCACUGUGGAUAGCGGAAGCACAGGUGCCGGUGUAGGCAAGUAUCUCAAGUCGCAGAAGAAUUCCGCGACAGCUGCGGAUGCAGACCUUGAUACCUGGGAAGAACCAGCCAAGAAGAAAGUCAAGGGCGGUGGCUUCGGUAACUUCGACAGCUGGUGA